UACUGUUUGCCGGUGACGUCACGGGCCAAGAUGGCGACUGACAGGCGAAGAUACACGCUCCUCUGUUCUCUAGUCCUCCUGCAGCUUAUAAUCCAAAUUAAGGCCAAAAGCAGCGUCAUAGACCUCAAUGAAGACAACUGGCACCAAAUGCUGGAGGGGGAGUGGAUGGUGGAGUUUUUUGCUCCAUGGUGUCCAGCAUGUAAGGCCUUGAAGCCUAUUUGGGAAGAUUUUGCAACUUGGAGCACUGAUCUUGCAAUAUCUGUAGGCCAGGUUGAUGUAACCUCUUCACCUGGACUUUCAGGACGUUUCAUGGUCACGGCACUUCCUACAAUCUACCAUGUCAAAGAAGGAGUUUUCCGUCAGUAUCGAGGCUCCCGUGACAAAGAUGAGUUUAUGAGCUUUGUUGAGGAACGUCGUUGGGAGGCAAUAGAAGAAGUGCCUGCCUGGAAGUCCCCUGCCUCACUUCAGAUGUCUGUUGUUUCUCAGUUCUUUAAGGCAGGCAGCCAGCCAGCCCCAGAAACCACCAUCUUCAAUGUUUACCAGGCGUGGCUGUCUAUGGUGCUGCGUUCAGUCCACUCGGUACUAGUUGAGGAUUAUGGGCUACCUACGUGGGGCUCGUAUUUGGUGUUUGCACUUGCCACAAUUCUGGUUGGUGCUCUACUUGGACUGAUCUUGGUGUGUGUUAUCGAUUUUGUGUUCCCGCCUAAAGCUCCUGGACCGGCUCCUGUCGUUACUUCAGCUGGUCUCAAAGCUGAUGAUGAUGAGGAAGAUUUAGUUGAAGACUCUGAAGUAAGAAUGGAAGAUAAUAUACAGGAAGACACAACAAAGGAAGAAACACUUGAAGGAGAAAAGAGUGAUAAGGAAGUGGAGCAGGAGGAUGAGGAUGGUGAAGAGGAGGAGGAAGAGGAAGAUGAAGACGAAGAAAAGGCACAGAGUGAGAGUGAAGACAAGGAGAAAGAUAACUCUCAGGCUGAAGAUGGUAAAGACACAAAUGCUGAAGAAGACAAGGAGUCCAAAAGCUCUCCAGAAGUACGGCGUCGACGUCCCAGGAAAGACUAGCGGGCUUAGGUCAAUAGGUAACCAUGUAGUACUCUUUAAAAGUUGGUAACAAUAUUUGACUUCCAAAAAUUCUAAGGCUAAACUGUUUGAGAUACAUAGUUUAGUCAAUUAGAAGGCUAUCAUAAGUGAUAUUAUUGAUUCCAUAAGCAAGAGGAAUUAAUUAAACAGUUUAAUAAGGAGGGAGAUAGCUCAUUUCCAUUUAUUUCCCCCUUUUGUGUUUGCUGGAGUAUCUCAUCGUAUAUAUAAAUGUUAAAACUUAUAACUGAAAUGGUGUCUUGCAAUAUUACAUGUCCAUAAAGGUAGAAUGUUUUGCACACUUAUGUAUAUAGGCCUCUCACCAAAUUUGUUUUGUUAUAAAGCAUCUGGUACUGAUUGAAAAUUAAGGUUGCUAUUUCUGCCAUGUCAGUUAUGGUUGCCAGCAGAAACCUGCUCAAGUUGUUGAUAAACUGUCUUUGUAGUUAUCAAUAUUUUCCUUAUUUCAUUUAUAUAAACUUGCAUAAGAACCAUGGUUAAAUAAUUAAUCAUCAGGGCUUUCACUGUUCACAUAUAUGGUAGGCUCCUAUUUUCAUGUUGGUGUGGCCAAAAAAUCAAAUGAAACACUUAACUAUGCUUUGUGCCAGUAAUAAUAAACUAAAUAUGUGGUAACUAUAUUUUCUCUGGCUUUAGAAAUAACUACCGAUUUUUGCAAGUUUUAUACACGUUUUGAGUCCAAAAUUCUUGAAUCCUAAUUGUAUUCUAGUUAGCUACCAACCAAGGGGAUAUUUUGUUUACCUAAAAAUAGCUUCUACUUAAAAAGUUUGCUGAAAUUGGCUUUACUUAAAUUUUGUAAUUUUCAUGUAACUUAUAAGUUUUAGAAAACUUUAUCCUGUGGACUCUAAAAAAAAUAAUUUGGGGUGUGGUUUAAUUUUCUUUUUGCUCUAUUAACUAAAGUAAUAAGGGUAAGGCUCAUAACACUCACUCUACACCCCCUUUUUGGCUUGGUCAUGACAGUUGGUACUUGCUGCUUUCAAGCGUUGGGUGUAGAUUGUAUAGCAGCAGACGAGGCAAUUUUUAAUGGCUCGAAGGGUCGAGGCCUUGUAUCGCGCAGUGAUCAGCUAUUGAUAAGCAAGCACCGCAAAGGGUAAACAUCAUUUUGGAUAUACGGAACUAUUUUUUGUUCGUAAUUGUUGUCUUUUGUUGGGGUUAGGAUAAAAUUGAUCUGAACAAUUUUGUUGGAAAUAUAACUAGCCAUGUGGCUUAGCCAUAUACCCCUUUCUUCUGAUAUCUUCAAUAUACUUUGCAUCCAGGGAGGAUUUUGCUGUUUUUACGAGACCUUAAUUGAGUUUGUCUCGAACUUACAUGGCACACAUUGUCUCGGGUAGUAUGAGAAACUGAUCAUUGAAGACAAUCCUUGCUGUUUGAAAUAUCAUUAUAUUAUUUUGCUAUUAACUUUUUCUUUUAACAAUCAUAAUUAUCACUAAGUAUAUAAAUAUAUUCAAAAAAGAGAAUAGGAGUUAUUAACAUCUUUAUUUAUUUUCAAAUUAUUAUUUAGUUUGUUUAUAAUUUUGAAUUUUUUUAUAUUUCAAAAUUUAACCAAGACUGCUUAGUGCCUAGAGGCUGUGGGUAGAGGUUUCUAACUCAGGCAUGAAAAUGGAGAUAAUAUUGUACAAUUGAAAAGUAAAAAAAAAAAAAAAAAAAAAAAAAAAAAAAAAAAAAAAACUCCAGCACUGUUAGUUUAGUUCAGGCCCUACCUCCUUUAUUAUAGUUAAUUCUGUGAUAUUACCAGCAAGUUGAACUAUGGUUCAUUGAUGAGGUAUUGCAAAUUAAACAUUUUGCAGGAUCCAGUUUAAUCCAGGCUUUAUUAGUUUUGCCUUUAAUUACCAGAUAUUGUGAUAAGUACUAGUACUUGUUGGCUCAGUAACUAAAAUAAUGGAAAUUACCAGAUAAAUUUCCAGGUAGGAUUUUAGGUUUACAUAUAAAUAUUGAUCAGCUGUCACUGAAUUUUUCAUAGAAAUAAAAAGUAAAUUGACUGUAUUUCAUACAUUAUCACUAAAAUCUAAUUCUAUACUGUUUAUUCUCAUAUUUGUUAUUAGAAAAUAGUAAUUGUUCAGCUAUAAAAUCAGUAGGUACAUGCACAUGUUUAUGGUGGAUUUUUAAACACCGUUGGGCUGGCAGUGACCAUUAUUGGGCUGUAAAUCAGGUUUAGUGGUAAUAUUAUUAAGGUCUGUUCUGUACACGGAAAGUGCCUCCCCUACUUGUUUUUGGGGAAGGGGAUGUUGAAACCAUUGGUUAUCCAUCCCAUGUUCCCAUCUUCAAGUUAAUAAUUGGAAUUUCUUAUUAUUUCCUGCAAAUUUGUUUGAGUAAGGGUCAAAGUGAAGUCGAGUGUUGUAUGUGUGUGUGAAGUCAGCACUGCCACUUUCCAAAAGUUAUAUUACAGGUAAACUAAAGUGUUUUGGUAAUAUUGUAUAAGGAAUACCUUUUUUUAUUUUUUAUAUGAAUGGUGCUGUUUGGUUACUUGAGUUGUAUGUUUUGGCAGCCUAUUCAGUAGACUAGUGCCAGAAUGAAGAUUUACAAAGCUCCACAUGAGAACUUUUCAUA